AUGUUACGUUCAAUAUCUUCCAGUGCCUGGUCUUCGUCAAUAUCAGAGGCUGCAUUUGAACUCUGGGAUGAACCCGGGCCAGAGCUGAUAGUAACAAGACCAUAUCCACGGGGGACACCCGAGCCAGAUGGUACGGCGUGGUCAGUGGCAAGACCGGGGCCGGCCGUAUUAGGGACGACACCAGAGCUUGAUGCACCUCCAGAAGUAGAAGCAACUCCUGAGCCAGAAGCACCACCAGAGGUAGAGGGGCCGCCCGAUGUAGAGGGACCACCGGAACCUGAGGCACCUCCUGAACCAGAGGCACCUCCGGAACCUGAGGCACCUCCUGAACCAGAUGCACCUCCGGAACCUGAAGCCUGGGCAGGUCCACUUUGUCCAUGCACACCUGGCAUGUCAGAGGCCCGUGAUGUAGAUGCCUCACAGUUCAAUAUAUCAUCGUAA